GGACCUUUAUGGACAAUACAUUGGAGAAGGAGAACAUGUGUGCCGGUGCUAUGACUUCUGCAGAACUAGAGCGUGAAGAAGAGCCCAUUUAUGAGGAAAUGGCCCCGCUUCAAGGACAACGCGUCCCACUUCGUGUUUUGGAGAGGGCGAAAUGUAUAGGACCCAUGUUAGAGCGGGAGGGUGUCUCAAUGCUGACACUCGCUACAAUAGUGCACACUGCGGGUGGAAAGUUGGAUCCGGAUUGUUGUCCCUAUUGCUUCAAUAUUGCAUAUUAUAAGGAAUUCAGGGACGAUUGUAGUGAUGAUGAUGAUGACGAACCUGAUUCUGGUCACAGUUCGGAGCAUGAGAUUUUUUCUGAGGAAGAUGAGGGUGACACUCCAACGACACCCCCACCGACACCAAUGCGCUCAGAGGAACAGGCCGACCCCUUGGAGGUUGAUGCAAAGAAGAUUCUCUGUGUGACGGAGCUAUUUCCCGACGUGUGGCAGGGCGCCGUGGAUCUGACAUUGUUGGCUAAGCUGGUUCAGGGAGAACUGAAUCCCGAAUGCUGUAGUCGGUGCGAACUGAUCGAAUUGUUCCGAAGCACCGCCGCUUCAGGACCCGAGGGGGCACGUGCUAUGUCAAAAAUUACGGUUAUAGCGAUGAAGGGGGUGAAUGAGCAUGUCGUUCUAAAGCCCGACCUGCAUAAGGAUGAAAAAACCCAGGACUGACUAGUGUGUUUGUGCGCGGCGGAUUCGGAGUGCCCUCUUCUGUAUGAAUAUUGCUGAAUAAAGAAAAAAGUUCAUUGUUGUAAAGAAAA